UUCAGACAUAAACAGUGCAAAUUAGAGGCGAAAGCGAGGGUACAGUACCAGACAGGGCAGUGUGUAGCUCCAGAACUGUUUGUACACUAACCGCAUGUUUCAUCCAGGCCAACAGCUCGAUUAUUUUUUGGCCGUUUGUUCUUUUUUCUCCAUGUUUUUUCGAGCAGGAUGUCUUUCUAGAGUGGCAUGGACCGGCUGUCGAAGAAUGGGGAAUUUCACAUCCUCCACUACUGGGGGUCUGUCCAGCACAACCUGUGUACAGUAUGUUCAGGAGGUGGUGUCACAGAACUGUGUUGUGAUAUUUUCCAAGACCACCUGUCCUUAUUGCAAAAUGGCCAAGAAUGUAUUCAACGAAAUUGGCGCGACCUACAAAGUGGUUGAACUGGAUGAACACAAUGAUGGGAGAAGACUGCAAGAGGCCUUAGCUCAGAUGACUGGUGCCAGAACAGUGCCGAGAGUCUUCAUUAACGGAAACUGCAUCGGGGGCGGCUCUGAUACCAAACAGCUCCAUCAGCAGGGAAAGUUGGUGCCCCUGAUCGAACAGUGUGCUCCCUGCUGUGCUGCGUCCAGCUCCGAGGGUUCGGGCAGUGGACAGUUUGAGUCCGCUAAAUGACUAACCGUUUUUGUAGUUUUUUUCAAUCCUGUAUUUAUUAAAUGUUCACUUGAUCUUUUGCUUCAAGUUGUACAUUGCUUGAGCAUGAUCAUGUUAUAUAUUUAUCAAAGUGCAUUAGAUACUUGAUGUUUAAGUCACAUACGUUUUCAUCCAGGAAUGUACAGUGUUAUUAUUAAAGCUGCCAUCUCUUAAACAAAACAUGUGAAUAGUUGAACUACUUCAAAUACUUCUCUUCUGCAUGGUUGUUUUAUUUAUCAAUGAUACAGUCAUAAACAAGAAUGAUCUCUCUAAGCAUUAAGUAUCAUCAAACACGUGAACAUCAUGAAGUGUUUAUUCCUAUUCUAUUAAUGGCAUUUAUAUGCGUUAAUUUUUCAUAUCUUGUAACACUGAAAUAAUUACAGAUUUUUGUUUGAUUAGCACAAUCUAUUGUGGUAAGUAUUUGAACAUUGCAUCUUAUUGAAAAAUGUUUUUUUUUUUUUUGUUUUUUUUUUAUUUGAAUGGAUUUUGGAAAAAUAGCCAUUUUGUAUUUUUUUUUAACUUGCCUGUCAAAUCUUUUCACUGUCAGUCAGUCUGAAAUUUUGGCAGUGUCUAUGUUUGAUUGUGUUUAAUCUUAGGCAGGUAGUUGAUUUUUGCUAAAUAAAUGUAGGAAUUAGGAAUCAUGAUGCCAUAAAGUGUUAUAAAUAUAUAGAUGAAUGAACGUAUGUAUAAAGUCACAACCAUAUUAAAUGUUUUUUGAUACAAUGAAUGUAUAUUUAUAAUUAUUAAUA